AUGAGCACCAACACGGAAGGCCAAGGUGACAAGGCCCAGGCCACAGAAGAGGCGGCAGCUCUCCAGGCAGCUCCUGGGGCAGCCCAGGCUGCUGCUGAGGAGGCUGCGGCUGGGGCUGGCACUGGGGCUGGCACUGGGGCUGCGGGGGCAGCCGUGAGGGAGGGGGCUCCUUUUCAGAUCCGUCAGAUGGAAGAAGAGCAGAUCCAAGCAGUGGUCCAGCAGCUGAUAGCCUUAACCGUGAGGAAGAAGGGCCUCCAGGGAGAGGGCGAGAAAGCCAAGGGCAAGGAGGCAGCGGCCGAGGCAUUCCCGGGGAGCCUGACCCCCUGGAGAAUGGACCCCCUGCUCCCCAGGCAGAAUGAAAAGGAGAAGAAAGACAAGAGGAAAUACGACCGCCAAGGCCGGCUGCUUUGCAACGGCGUCGACCUGUGCGACUGCCUGGUGGCCGAGUGCCCGGGCUGCUUCUACCCGUGCCCCAAGUGCAGCUCCCGCAAAUGUGGCGUCAAGUGUUGCUGCAACCGCCGCUGGGUGUACGGGAAGACCGAAAACGAGUGUGGCGACCUGGUCAGCGCCUUCCCCUUCGACUAUCCCGACUGAGGGCGGCCCGGCGCCCAGCCACGCUCCGCUCCCUUCCCUCUGCAGGGCCGCGCUGGCUGCCUUCUCAGUGAGGGGCUGCACUGGCUCUAGGGCCGAGGGAGCCUGCUGGGGCUGGGCAACACAAGGGGCCCUCCCGGGGGAGACCUCGCAAACCUCACCCUCCAGCAGCGCUUUGGGAGGUUCUGGCAGAGCAAGAACGAGGCACGCCUGCCCUAGCAUCCUCCCACCUUCGCUUCUCCCUAGAGUCUCUGCAUCUCUCAGCGGGGCCUUCCUGUGUUUCGUGUUGUCAUUAGCCCUUGCGGCUUCACUAGCCCGCUGUUUCUUCCCUGUCCGGUUGUGGCUCUUUGCUGUCUUUCUGGUCCUUUCCUCCCAUGUGGCAAUCUUUCGUGUCAAGCUCUAGCAGAUGAGCUGUUCAGCUUUGAGAUGGCAUCAUUUGUGUAAUAGUGUUUCAAGAAAAAAUAA